CAUUGGAAACCACAAGAAGAUCAUGCACCACCUGAAUUUUUACAACUGCACAAACUCUAAUCACCAAUGGUGUGACUUAACAAACUAUCUCCCCUUCCCCAACCAUAUAAAAGGAAAUGAAAAAAUUGUUCUUGAUAUAAAGCUUAAUCAAAUGAGUCCCAACCAUUGUUUUGGAAGCAAGAUUUUCUUCCUUUUUUCCUUCAUCCUUGAAUCAACAGCAAGACAUAUGGUCUUACCAACUGAAGUUGGCUUCACUGCACAUUUGAUUCACCGCGACUCGCCUUUAUCACCAUUUUACAAUCAUUCCAUAACAGACACUGCACGGAUCGAGGCAACCGUUCACCGUUCUCGGUCCCGGCUCAAUUACCUGUACAAUCACAAAAUGUUUUCAACAGAUGCAUUAGACAGUGGUGUCUCACUCUCGCCCACAUUGGUUCAUGAAGGUGGUGAGUACCUCAUGAGUUUCUUCAUUGGAAAUCCUCCAAGUAGAGUGGUGGGGUUUGCAGACACAUCAAAUGGUCUCAUUUGGGUGCAAUGCUCAGAUUGUAGAAGCCAUUGUGAGGCAGAAAAAGGCCACACCAAGUUCAGCUCCUCCAAAUCCUCCACCUAUGAGAAGGAGCCAUGUGGCUCUAACUUCUGCAAUUCCUUGACAGGCUUCCAAACCUGCAAUUCUUCUGACAAAUGGUGCAAAUACAAAUUGGAGUAUGAAGAUAAUUCAGUCACAACUGGGAUUCUUUCAUCUGAUAGUUUCAGUUUUGAUACCUCAGAUGGGAAACUUGUGGAUGUUGGCUAUUUGAACUUUGGCUGUUCAGAUGCUCCUUUAGCAGGAGGGUUGCAGAGUUACAUGGGCAGUGUGGGCUUGAACCAGACACCCCUCUCACUAAUCUCUCAACUGGGUGUCAAGAAAUUCUCCUACUGUUUGGUCCCAUUCAAUUUGGGAUCAGCAAGUAAAAUGUAUUUUGGAUCACUGCCUGUGACUUCUGGGGGCCAAACUCCUCUGUUGUAUCCCAAUUUAGAUGCCUAUUAUGUGAAGGUUGUGGGAGUCAGCCUUGGCAAAGAUGAGCUGUAUUUGGAUGGAGUUUCUGAUGUGUUUGAUGUAGGGGAUGGAUGGAUCGUAGAUUCAGGAAUGACAUACUCGAGCCUCGAAACAGAUGCAUUUGAUGGUUUGAUAGAUAAGUUGGUUGCAUUUCCAGGUUUACCAAAGAGAAAAGAUGACCCUAGAAACAGAUUUGAAGUGUGCUUUGCAGGAAAUGGAGAUGAUUUGGAGUCAUUACCAGUCGUUACAGUUCAUUUUGAUGGUGCAGAUUUAGUUCUUAGUUUAGAAAGUACCUUUGUGAAGAUGGAGGAUGAUGGAGUUGUGUGCCUUGCCCUUCUGCGCUCUGGAUCUCCAAUUUCUGUGUUGGGGAACUUUCAGCUGCAAAACUACUAUGUUGGGUAUGACCUUGAAGCUCAACUUAUUUCCUUUGCUCCUGUUGACUGUGCUGAAUCCUAACCAUCAGAUAUAUAUACACACACACACAUAUAUUAUAGAGUUUCUUCUCAUGUGGCUUUGAGGAAUCUUUUUGCAACAAUUUAUGACCAAAUUUAAUUUGGUUGGAUGUUUCAUCAACCCUCUUUGUUCAAAAAAUAUUCCAUUCCUAAACAGACAAGCUUUGCCAAAAAUGAGAUAAAGAAAAUUCAAUGGGUCAGGAUUUGAGUCCACCAUUACUAAUUUAAUUUCACCUAGUGACUUAUAUGUGUUUGGGUCAGCUCUCAAUGUCUAAUAAGAGACCCAUAACAAAUUUGUAAAAGUCUAUAGGUUUAUAUCCUAUUUUGG